AUGCCAAUUGACGGCCAUGCGUACCUCGUCAAGCAGGGAUGGUCGGGAAAGGGUUCAGGCCUCCGGCAUGGGGCAAUAGCACGGCCUGUCACCGUUGCGCAAAAGAAGACGCUCUCAGGUGUAGGCAAAGACCGCGAUGAGGCCUUUCCCUUCUGGGACCAUGUGUUUGAGGCCGCUGCUAUCAACAUCCAGGUAAAGCUGCACAAUGACGACUCCGACUCCGACAGCGCAGAUACCCCAGAACUAGUCGCUGAGCUGCAGCGCACAAAGACAGGCAUCAUCUCAAACCGUCGGCCCAAGACAGGCACCUCUGCUCUGUCGGGGACAGUCACGCCAAGCUCCGCCGCGAGCGGUAGCAGCACCCCGCGCCUCAGCGUGAUGGCCGCUGCGAAACAGGAGGCCGCACGACGAGUGCUCUAUGCCAGCUUCUUCCGCGGUCCUAUCAUUGGCUUCGACGACGACGUCGCGCUACAGGCAGAAACGCAAGUAGACACGGAAAUUAGAAGCAAGUAUGCCGAACCAUCUGCGGCAGCGGGGGAGACUAAGGAGAAGAAAGAGAAGAAGAAGCGAAAACGCGAGUCCUCUCCCGUACCGCUCGAAGCGGUGGGUACGGAAUCCAAAGAGGACAAGGCAGAGAGGAAACGACGGGAACGGGAACAGAAGCAGGCAGGGGCCAGCUGCGGGGCCGAUGCAGAGACUGUCACACCAGCGCGGGAUAGCGAGGCGCAGGAUGAGAAAACAGAGAAGAGGCGUCUGAAGGAGGAGAGGCGGAUCCAGAAAGCAGAACGGCGGGCGCGGAAAGCCGAAAGGCGUGCUCGGAAGGAGGAACACCGUAGGCUCAAGGAGCUCAAGAAGACACAGGAACAACAAUUCGAGGAGGACGCCCAACAAACGUCUCAAGAAAGGGCCGACAGAGGCAGCACGUCAUACGAAGCGCAAGAGGGAGAAAGCCUCGGAGGAUGA